AUGUACAAGCAGUUUCUUAAUGUCAGUAGGAAUAUGGACAUAGGACAUCAAAAGUUUUUGCUUAAUUGUUCCCGAGUGAAUAUAGGGCCAACAAAGUGCUAUAGAUUGUUUAAAGAGACUGUCAGGCGAUACUCAAAUGUGGGUUGCACCAGUGUUGACUUCAAAAACUUUUCGAGGGAUUUAAAGGCAUUCGUUGUUGGUGUUGAUGCUCAAAUUGUGAUAGAGAAAUUGUACCGUAAAAAGGAAUUGUGCUCGGCUUUAUUUAUUGAUUAUGCUGUGGACGGGAAUGAUCAGUUGACGCGUUUGUUUUGGACUGAUCCUAUUUCGAGGAAAAACUAUGCUUCUUCGGUGAUGUUGUAUAACAUGAUAUUUGCUCCAUUCACUGGCAAAGAUAACCACGUACCUGAUAAGGUCCCAAGUCAUUUGAAAAAAGAUGAUGGCUUUAGGAAAAAGUUGAAUAAUAUUGUUUGGUCGGAAUCUAUUGGGCCAUCAGAGUUUGAAGCUCAAUGGAAUGAUCUUAUUGAUGAGGACUUCAUGAUGAGUGGCUUAUUCAAGACGACAUCUAUGUCUGAGAGUGAGAAUAGUUUUUUUGGAAGAUACACUAGUCCCCAUUCUAAUCUUCUUGAAUUUUUCAUGCAUUUUGAGAGUGCAUUAGAUGCGCAGAGGCAUGCACAGGAAAAGAUGAACAGUGUUGAUGAAAUAAUAUUGACUCUUGUAGAUGAUCCUGAUCAUCGUUUCUAUGAAAUCGAAGAUGUCACUUAUGGUGCAUGUGAAGUUGUUUAUGACAAAUCACAAAACACAGCAACUUGUAGUUGCAAGAAAUUUGUGAGAGUUGGAUUACUAUGCUGCCAUGUUUUCUAUAUGUUUAAAGAUUUGAAUCUCCAAUCAAUCCCAGAAAAAUAUUUGGUUCCUAGGUGGACAAAAUAUGCAUCAUUGAAGCCUAUAUUUGAGGUUCAUGGUCAGAUUAUUGAUCAGUGUGCUAUGAUUGAAGAGCGGAAGUCAAUUAUGAAUCAAUUGUUCUCGGAGUUCUAUUCUUGUAUUGGGUUAGUUGAAGGAAAUAAUGAUUUCAUGACAAGUUUGCUACAUUCUCUUAAGAAUCAGAGACAUAUCUUUACCUCUGGUUUGGACCAACCUUCAGCAACUACGUCCAAGAAAAAGUUGUUUGAGGAUUACUAUGGAGGCUCUAUUCCACAAAAAGUACAGGUAUUGCCACCGUUUCCUGUUAAAAUGAAAGGGAGUGGUAGUCGAUUGAAAUCAAGGAAAGAAAAGGCAAUUGAAAAAAGCAAUAAGCCUUUGAGAAGAUGUACAUUAAUCUAUUUCUAA